UUAAUUAUGCAAGAAAAUAUUCCAAUUACCUUAUUUUUUUUUAUCUUUCUUUUUCCAACAAUUGGAUAGAUAUUGACAUCAUCAAAAUUGUUUUUAUUGCUAAAAAGCCCCUAUUCCCUCCAACCUCCCCCCUUAUUUCCUACUUUUCCCUUUCACCCUUUUUUCACAUUGAUUUCAUGGCCCCUCUAACUCUACUAUUUAAAAAAUUAAAUAAAAUAAUUAAAAAAUCCCCCAAAAAUUAAUUUAAAAUAAAAAUAAAUAAAAAAUCAAACUACAAUAUCCAAAUCACCAGUUAACUGAAAUUGAGGUACGCACUGCUGUAAAAAAUCCAAAAAAAUUAAUAUAACUUUUAAUUGAAUUUGAUUAAACAUUAACUGAUAAUUUAAAAAAUAAAAAGAAAAAAGAGAAAGAAAAACAGAGUGUAUAAUUAAGAAUUAACAGCGUAAAAUAGUCAAAUACAAAACCGACGUCUCCUUUGUUAUUACUUCUUCCUCUUCUCCUUAUUUAUUUCAUCACCCAUCACUUUCUCUCUCCUCUCUUUCCCACCGCGUCGCACUUUCUCUCUCCUGAUUUUCUCUCUCUAUGAUCCAAACCCAAAAAUUCAUUUUCUCUUCAAUUUCACUCAACAAUGCUGAAGCUCUUUCGUUGAUUUUCUGCUAAAAUACUUAAUAAUUCUCAAGAUUUCGGCGUUUUUGUGAGUUAAUUUUGAACUUCACAUUGCACUUUUUAAUUGAUUCAAUUCAAUUCAUACUUGUUGAUUUGCGUGAUUUUCACUGAGGAUCUGUGGUUGAAUUUGCGUUGUUUCUGAUUUUUGAAUUGAGUUUUAUUGGUGAUCUGUUUUGUGAUCUGAUCGAAUUUUAUUUUGUGAAUUGGAGAAAAUUUGUUGUGUGAGAGUUUGUUUUUGAUUUUUGAAUUUUUUUUGUUGUUGAUAAUGACGGUUGAUACCGUUGUUAAUGGUGAAGGAGAGAAGUGUGGAUUAGAUAUGAGGAGUUCUUCGUGUGAGGAUCUGCCGCCGGCGAGUGUCGGUGAUGGUGGUUGUGAGUGUAAUGGUGAUAGUAAGGAUGAUUAUGUGUUUAUUAAUGGUAGCGAUGCCGUUUCGGAUGAUCAUGUUGUAGUUGAGGGUGAUGGGGAGCUGAAUGUGUCUGAAUCGAAUGCUGUUGAUUUUGAUAGGAAAGUGGAAAGUGGUGUUGAUGGGAGUGAUCAAUUGGAAAAUUGUAAUGUUUCCGAGGGUAAAUUAGACAAUGUGGGUGUGGUAAAUGGCGGUGAAUCGAAGAGUGAGAAUGGGAUCAUUGUAGAUGAGGAAAGAAACUGCGAAUCGGGUGGUGCAGAGUUGGAAGAAGAGAUCAAGUUAAAGAGUGAGGGUUUAGUUGAGAGUGGUGAUAGUAAUGCUAUUGAGGGAAAGGUUGAUGUUAGGGUUAGAGAUUUGGAAGUUUCGGAGGAGAGAAAUCCAAAGUCUGUGAUGGAUGAGGUUGAGGAUAUGGAAUCGGAUGUUGAGAAGGGGGAUAAUGCCAAUGUAUUACCUUCGUUAGAUGAUGAUGAUAAAACACAUAUUUUGCCGAAUGUAGAUAGUGGUUCUGAUAUUGUGCAGAAUGGAACUGCAGUCAUAGAGGCUGAGCCUCAGGUACCUCACAGUGAAAUCGAGGAGCAACAGCAUGAUAUUGUGCAGAAUGGGACUACAGUCGUGGAGGCUGAGCCUCAGGCACCUCACAGUGAAAUCGAGGAGCAACAGCAUGAUAUUGUGCAGAAUGGGACUACAGUCGUAGAGGCUGAGCCUCAGAUACCUCACAGUGAAAUCGAGGAGCAACUGCACCUUGGACAAUCUGAGGAACAUGAGAUUCAUGCCAAUGAACCUGAGAAACUGAAGGAUGAUGUAAGGAAUCUGGAGGUGGCCAAGGAUAAUGGUAUUUCUCAUAUAGAUGAGGUCACAGAAUCCGAGCCAGUCGAUGGUAUCAUAACGGAAACAGAAUCUCUCGAGGCAGAUACUGUUCAUCAGUCUCAUCCGCAAGAGGACAGUGCAGAAGUAGAUACACAAACACCUAAUGGUGAUGUUAAGGCUCCAGAUAGUGAGGCUGGCGAAUUGUUGCUGGAUGAUGAAAUCACUGAGGAGCAGUCUGCAGACUGUCAGCAGCAAGAUUUGCAACCUGCUGACAGUAAUGAACUAGAUCUAGACAAAGCUGACGUUGAGGUUAAGGAACACAGUGAUUUAGAUCUAACAGGGAUGAGUGGAAGCCAGAGCCUUAACUCUGUAGACUCAGAAGCUGCUGUAUGUGAGCAGCAGCUGAGUGAUUAUAGUGAGUGUAAGGAUCAAGAUGCUUCAACCUUGACCACAGAAUCAAAAGAUUGUCAGGAGUCUCAAGCUGUUCUUGAUCAAUCUGAAGGAGAAGUGAAUCAAAGCAAUUUAGAGUUGUCUGCCUCAGAGGUGAAUGGUCCAGUACUAAACAGUUCUAUCCCAUGUGAGGAAACCACGGUAGAAUCAACGCCAGAUGUUGAAGGGUCUCUUGAAACUUCAAUAGUAGAUAUACAGCCUGAACAAUCUCAUACGCCUGUAAAUGACCAUGAGCAGGAUAGUGUUCAUGGAGAAAGAAAUGCAGAGUUGAUUGAUUCAGUGGCAGGAGGCUUAGAAUCUUCAGUUCAAGAGGUUUUUCCUGAAGAUCAGGUGGCAGAAGAGACUGGGUUGGUAGAUGUUAAUGACAAGGAAAUUUCUUCAGAGGAUGUUAGCUUUGAAAAAACCGUAACUGAUGAAGCAACUAAUCCUGUUGAACCAAAGUCUGCCACUGAGGCAGCCAUAGAUGAGGAAGGCCAUGAUCUAGAUUUUAGCCAUAUCGGAGAUGGUAUUUCAGAGAAUGAAGCCAAUAUUCCCAACUCUUCUCAUGAUGCUGAAAGUUGUUUGAGACAUGAAAAUAAUGAGUUGACUGUACCUGUUGGUGAUGAGGUGGACUUGCUUGUUCCUUGUGACUCAGACAUAACAGAGGAACAGGGAAGUGUUGAUGAUGGCUCUUAUGCUGUUGAUAACUGCAUUAGCUGCUCUGCUGAUGACUCCAGUUCCCAACCCAAAUUGGAAGACACCAAUGAUUCCCUUCCCUACCUUGUUAAUGGUACCAAAUUGGAAGUUGAACCCGUGAAUGCUGAGGUUGAUGGUGCAAGCAAGAUAAAUUCUGAUUCUGAGGACACUUUGAAGCCAAAGAUCAGUUUUGGUUCCUUUGAAUGCGUAACACCUUUUUCACUCAAUGAUAAUAAUAACAUCCACACUGACAUACUGAAUAGAUCAACUGAAACAGUUACCAGACAUUCAGAUUUUGCCGGUGAUGGUUUCACUUCACUGAACUCUGAGGCCAAUGGGGUUUGUUCUACUGAGUUGAACCAUGAUAAAACGUGUGCUGGAGUUGUGAGUCCAGAGCAGAAUAAUGUGGACAAGGUUUCGAUAUCUAACCUUGAAGAAUCUGGCACUGAUUCUGUGGAUGGACAAAAUGUAAAUCCUGAUUUGGUUAGAAGGCCAUUUUACUACUUGAUCAGGCUCCCAAGAUUUGAUGAUGUGAAGCUUAAUGAGGAGGUUAAACUAAGUGAGAUGGAAGUUCACGAGAAGACACGAAAUAGAGAUGUCGUUCGGACUGAAUAUCAGAAGAGAAAGGCCAUUCAUUGGGAUUAUAAAACAAAUUUUGAAGCCGCUAGAUCUGAAGAGAGAGCUGCACAUAAGUUGAUGCUUGCCAAAAGGCGGGAAAUAGACUCUGCCCAGUCUUUGAUAAACCUAGCAAGGCAUGCAACUACAGUUGAAGAUGUUGAUAGUCAGAUUCUUACUUUGGAACGCAAGAUACAGCACGAAACCCUAAAUUUGGCUGAAGAGAAAAAAUUGGUACGUGAUAUUAAGCUAUUGAACCUUCAGCGUGAACAACUGGCUGCUAACUCUCAGAGGCAGCAAGAAUUACAGCAGGCUUUGGACCAGAGGGUUGAGACGGAGGAAAAAUUGAAGGUCUUCAGGAAAGAAUGGGAUGCUCUCAGAGACAAUUAUGCCAAAGCCGAAGACAAUUUUAAAGCCGCUAAGAAGAAAUAUGAGGAAGAAAGUGCCGUGCUGAAUGACAUUAAUGCUCGAUUCAAAUCUGCUGAUAAAGUUCGACAAGAUGCAUAUAUACAUUUUCAGACCCUAAAGAAACAGGCAUAUGAACAGAACAAGCUUUUCUAUGGUUACAAGGAUGCUGCCAAAGCAGCCAAUGAAUAUGCAGUGGCUGGUGAAAAAGAAAGGCUUGAACAGCAUUGUGUAAACCAGGUGGAGAACUUUAUGGAACGAUGGAAUAACAAUGACGAGUUUCGGAAGGAAUAUAUUAAACGCAAUAUGAAGAGUACACUGAGGAGAUUUAGAACACUGGAUGGUCGAUCACUUGGCCCUGAUGAAGAGCCACCAACAUUAGUAGAUGUCCCUGAUAAUAGAGUAAAUACCAUGGCCAAAAAUCCCAAGGUCAAUUCGGUUGGGACAGUCCCAACCUUAGAAAGAGAUUUUCCUUUAGUAGCAAAAAAAGUUGUAGAGGAGUCAUCAAAGAAAGUAAUAGAGCAGAAGAAUAAGAAUGCCCUUGCCAAAAAGAGGGUUGAAACGUCAAAGGUUAGCUUAGCAGAACCUUCUGGCAGAAUAGAGACAGAAGAAAAGAAAGAAGAACAGAAACAAUUGAAAAAGGAAGAAGAGCACAAACAGACUAAAGAGGAAGAAGAGUUGGCAAGGAAAGUGGAGCAAAAAAGAAAAGAAGAGGAGGCUGCCAGAUUGAGGGAGCAGCGCAAAUUAGAGGAAAAAGCUAAAGCUCAGGAAGCUCUGGAAAGGAAAAGAAGAAUGGCAGAGAAAGCUCAAGCGAGGGCUGAAUUUAGAGCCCGGAAGGAAGCUGAAGAAAAGGAAAAGGAGAAGGAGAAGAGGGCAAAGAAGAAAGGAAAGAAGAAGGGCCUUGCAUCAGAGAUUUCUGAAAUAGAGCCUGCUCAGCUGCCAGAAUCCUCACCUGAUACAAUCAGGGAGGCUGAAGUUACAGAAAAGCCCGUGACAGUGGCUAAGAAGUCCCAUAAGCCUGCAUUAUAUACAAAGCAGGUAAAGACAACUAAAUCAAUUUCUUCUCCUCCUGCCCCUCUCCGCAAUCGGGGUAAGAGAAGGAUACCGCAAUGGGCAUGGUGGUUAGUGGUAGUGGUAUUAGCUGUUGCUCUUAUAUUCCCUUUGGGGAACAUAGACAUUCUUGGGUUCAUCAAGCUUUUAGCUUCUGGCUCAUCCCAUUAGUAUAAUUAUAAACAUAGGUUUGAAAGUAUUUUUUAAAAUAUUCAAUUCUUGUUCAUGUCUUGGUUUCUUUUCAUCUCACUCACUUGCUGCCAUUUGUAUACUUGACCCUUAGAUUGUUUGAUGAAAUUGUGAUGGGAACAAAAUUAUACUAUAUAUUGUAUUGCAUUUACUCUAAUUUAAUAAAUCCAGUGAUUAUGCUGAUAUUGUUUUGUAA